AUGUCCGGUGAAGAAAAUCAUUCAACUGAUGAAUCAAAUAACAAACCAUUGAUUGCUGAAACAAAAAUUUGUUCAAUUUGUUUAUUAAGUGGAAGUACAGAUGACAGUGACCCAAUUGUUUAUUGUGAUCGAUGUGGAGUUAUUGUCCAUGAAAGUUGUUACAAUGCAGAUACAUUAGACGAGAAAUCAUCGGAUUCUUCUUCACCAUCUGAGUAUUGGUUUUGCACUCCAUGUUUAGCUCAUAUUGAUGAUCCGACGUGCGCUUUAUGUUCAAAUCGAGAUCGUUGCAAUGCAUUUUGGCCAACAUUAGAAUCCAGUUGGGUUCAUGUUAUUUGUGCAAUUGGUGUUCCUGGAGUGUUAUAUUACGAUGAACUUUAUUAUACACCUGUGGAUUUAUCAAAUAUUCCAGUGCAAAAAUUUGGAAAUAAGCCAUGUCAUGUGUGUGAAUCGAGAUCAGGUGUGACGGUAUCAUGUGAUGCGGGUUUAUGUCCAAAUGCAUUUCAUUUAUCAUGUGCGAAUAAGAAUGGAUUGUUGCAAAUUAGAGGAGAUGUGUCAAAAAUCGAAUGUGAAUUGUAUUGUGUGACGCAUCAAUCGUCAUCCAAUACGUAUAAAAAUGUUCAACGAAAUUAUACGAUUUGUGAAGUUCAACAAAAGCAAUUGGAUCAUCGAAAUGAUUUAAAAGAAGAUGUUUGUCAAACAUUGGAAGAUUAUUGGGUAAUUUACAAAAAACGUAGUGAAACAUUUCCACGUUUACCCAAACCAACGAAAAGUCAUGUCGCACGAUCAUUGAUGGUUGAUCCAAUUGCAUUGAAAGAUUUCUUUGAAAAAGCUCAACGUCUUCGUCCGAAUCAAUCAACAACAUUACCAAAUAAUUUGGAUCUAACAUCAACAGAUACAAAUGCACUUUUAGCAUUUACGGCCAAUGAAGAAGAACUAAUUCAACUUAAACAACGAGUUAACGAAGCAGAGACAAAACUUCAACAAUUGGAAUCGUCUUCAAUUGACAAACAAUUGAAAGAAGAACAUAAAAAAUUGGAAACCGAAUUGAAAAAAGAAUACGAAACAUUAUCCUCAUUAACAGAACGAUAUAAUCAAUUUAUUGAAAUAUUCAAACUUUACGAUUGUCCAUUAAAAGACGAAACAACAAAUAAUAUGAAACUUUUCUCAACAAUACCAACAGAAACCGAAAGUUGUUCCGUUUGUAAACAAAAAGAUCAAUCGAAUCAAAUGAUCAAAUGUUGUCAAUGUCACUUGGCAUUUCAUGGUGAUUGUUUAACACCGCCGAUGCCUGCGAAGACAUUAGCAUUGAUGUUAUCAGCAACAAAGAAAUACGAAUGGCAAUGUGCUUCGUGUGUCAAUGCACAACAAGAAGAACUCGAUCAACGUAAUGUGAAUGUUGAUGAACCACGUCAGAUACGACCGAGACGAACAAAUGAACUCGUCCUACGAGAAACAGUGAUUAAAUUUGGCUCAAGAAAACGAAAACAAGAUUCUGAGAAUAGUAAUGAACAGAUAACAGAGAGUAAAAAAACGAAAACGACAAGUCCAACGAUUGAUUCGUCCGAUUCAAAACAAGAUGAAGAAAAAUCACCGACUAGUAAAAGUCGAACUGCGGUUAUUAAACAAUUAUUUUCACGCAAAACAACAGAUUUUACACCGGAACCAUCACCAAAACGAAUAUCAUCAUUACCAAAGAAAAGUUCAACAAAUUCUAAAUCACCACGAAUAUCAAUCAAAAAACCUUCGGUGUCGAAAUCUACCGAUUCUUCAAUAACACCAGUUCGUUCUCAAUCUCUUAUCGUUGAUCGACGAACACCAACGAUCUUUAAACAAAAAGCAGUGUCAUUAUCAAUAUCAAAGACUGAAAAGAAAAAACGUAAAUCUACAAAAGAUCCAAUGUCAAUUUUUGAUUUUGAUGAUGAUGAAGAAAAUUCCAAUGGCACAAUUGAACUUCGUUCGACUGUUCCAAAUCCAACUCAGGAUGAAAAUGAAGUAGAUCAAAAGACAAAACCAAAAAAAUCCAAUCGACGUUCAGCUGUAGCCGUAGAAAAUAAUGUUCCAUCCGAUGCACUUUGUAAAGAAUGUUCAAACUCAGGAACAAAUCAAGAUAUGACUGAUUGUGAUAAAUGCAAACAUUUUUAUCAUUUCGCAUGUUGUGUCCCUCCGUUAUCUUCUUUCCCGAAACGACGCAACUAUGGAUGGACAUGUCAUCAUUGCAAUGAAGAUAGUGAACAUGAGACAUCUAAUGUAAUUGUUCCUAUUUCAACUUUGAAGAAUUCGCGACGAGAACGGAAAAGUCAGAAUCGAGCAAGUGAAAAAGAGAUCUCGGUUGAAGAUUAA